UAAAGGUCUGAGUUUUCAGCAACAGCAUAGGCUGGAUCAACAAAGGGGUGUAAGACAUCUUAUCGUUAAAAAAAAAAAAAAGUAGAUUCGUAUUUUAUAAAACGCACUAAAAGUAUAUUGACACUGACAGUCUCACGAAGAAACAGUACGUGGCAGUUUUCCAACAGCAGUUUGUAUAACCUAGGGACGUGUUGAACGUUAAGAAGCUUGGCUCAAGAAGGAAAACACCAGCUGAUCAGCGUCAGAUCAUUUUUGUCGCGCGUUUGUGUCGUCAUUCCUGGUCCAAAGUUAAGAACAUAGAGUGCCUUGGAGGGGGGAACUAACAAAAAACACAAGCUUAAACAGCACAGAAGACCAAAAUAAGAUGGACAGAAGUCUCCUUGAUUUCCCCAGUGGGCCACUGGAUGUUUAUCGUAAAAAAGCCUCCUUCAACUGGAAGGAGAUGAUUGAGUUUUUAGAAGGCAAGGACAUGCUUGAGUUCAAGCGAAACAUUUUCUCGGCUUUAGAAAAUGACCCACUGUUUGCCCGUCUACCUGGUGAAGACGUCUCUCUGGAAAAACAGCGCGAGCUGACUUUUCUACGGUGCAAGCAACUCUUUAAACACAACUUCCUCACUGUUGAUGAGAUCAUGCAGAACCCUUUCAAGACAACUGUGCUUAAUGACUGUUUAGGCAUGUAUGACUGGUCCUUAUCUUCUAAAUAUUUCCUCAGCACACAGAUGUUUGGUGGGACAGUUGGCAACUCUGGGUCUAAGAGACACGAACAAUUAGUCCAAGACAUAAUCCAAAUGAAGACAUUUGGCUGUUUUGCUCUAACUGAAAUAAGUCAUGGUAGCAAUACCAGAGCCAUGAGGACAACUGCAAAAUAUGACCCUCAUACUCGGGAAUUCACAAUCAAUUCCCCUGACUUUGAAGCUGCCAAGUUUUGGGUUGGAAACCUUGGGAAGACUGCCACGCAUGCUGUGGUUUACGCACAGCUCUAUACACCUGAUGGGCUUUGUCAUGGGCUACAUUCAUUCGUAGUCCAGGUCAGAGAUCCAAAGACACUUCUUCCCAUGCCAGGAGUGAUGGUUGGAGAUAUGGGCAAGAAACUUGGGCAGAAUGGCCUGGACAAUGGGUUUGCUAUGUUUUGUAAUGUUCGGAUACCCCGAGAAAACCUGCUGAACAAAACAGGAGAUGUCACACCGGAAGGACAUUAUGUCACGCCUUUCAAGGACCCCAAUAAGAGAUUUGGUGCCUCACUUGGUGCCUUGUCAGGUGGCAGAGUAUCUAUUACGAGAAUGGGAGUCAUAAACCUCAAACUUGCCAUGACAAUAGCAAUUCGCUAUUCAGCAACACGACGGCAGUUUGGACCCAAGGAAAACGAAGAGCUACCAGUACUGGAAUAUCAAAUGCAGCAAUGGCGUCUCAUUCCCUAUUUGGCUGCAGUGUUAGCCUUGGACCAUUUUUCCAAAACUCUCUUCAUGAACUUCGUUGAGUUUCAAAUCGGCCUAAUGAUGAAGGACAAGAGUGAAAGACAGUCAGAACUUGGCAGAGAGAUCCACGCCAUAUCUUGUGCCAGCAAACCGUUGGCUUCCUGGACAGCUCAGCGUGGUAUUCAGGAGUGCAGGGAAGCCUGCGGAGGGCACGGCUACUUGGCCAUGAAUCGCCUUGGUGACAUUCGAAAUGAUAAUGACCCUAACUGUACAUAUGAAGGAGAUAAUAAUGUACUUCUGCAGCAAACCAGCAACUACCUUCUGAGCUGGAUCAAUGCAAAACACCAAGACAAUGUGACUGUGACGUCUCCACUGGGAUCUGUGAACUUUCUUGAAGACUUCAAGCGCAUUUUGGGCAGCACCUUUACAGCCACCACGGAAGAAGAAUGCAUGGACUCUUCAGUUCCAUUGGCAGCCUUCAAAUGGCUGGUCUGUUUCCUGCUGCGAGAAAGUUACCAAAAACUAAACCAGGAGAAAGCAUCUGGAAAACCAGACUUCGAGGCGAGAAACAACAGCCAGGUUUAUUACUGUCGCUCUUUAGCCAUUGCCUUUAUAGAGCACACGGUAUUGCAGAGGUUCCAUGAUUACACCCACAGUUCUGAUACACCGGCCAGCCUACAGCCAGUGCUGAAACGCCUCAGCGGUUUAUACGGCCUGUGGACACUCAGCACUCAUAUGGAUGUUUUAUACCAAGGUGGAUUCCUCUCUGGAAAGCAGCCUGCUGAAAUGAUUAAAAACGCUAUCCUUCGGCUCUGUUCUCAGUUGAAGGAUGAUUCAGUUUCUUUGGUAGAUGUCAUUGCUCCUCCUGACUUCAUUUUGAACUCACCAAUUGGCAAGGCAGAUGGUGAGAUUUAUAAAAACCUUUGGACUGCAGUUCUUCAGGGCAAUAAGGUGAUGGAGAGGCCAUCUUGGUGGACAGAGUUCUGCGCCAAUAAGCCGACACUAGGCAGCCUUCGGGCAAAGCUGUAGUGCCCUCCAGCAUCAUGAAGGCUUAGCAAGGUCUACAACCAAGAAAAACUAACAAUAUGUAGGAGUUUCAUUGAAAGCCCAGGAGACACAAGGCGUGCUUUGUGACCUGGGCUGCUAAUUUAAUCCAGGAAAUUCCCAUGAAUCAUGCUGUGAUUAAACAUAUUGAAACAAGGUCUGCUGUUUAAUUACAAAUACAUUCGCAAGGCUUUGUUUUCCAUAAUUCUAUUGAAACAUUUGUGUAAUCGGACAUCUGUAAUUGUUAAAAGAUGUUUAUCACAGAGACCAAUACAUUUUAGCAUCUUCAUUUUAAUUCUACUGUCCAGACUCGCACAGAUUGCCUUGAUGGGAGUAUAUUAGUCAUUUUUAGAAUAUCAAGCACUUGUGAAUUACAGUGUUUACUGUAAAAGAAAACCAAUAAAUGGAAUUAGAUAAUGUAUAGUGGCAAACUUUUUGGGGAAUUAACUUCAUUUUAGUUUUUAAAUAACAGUAGGAUGUAGUGUGUGUCAAGGUUUUUUUGUAUAAAAUAAAAUUCUGUUAAUUCCUAAGAUUUCAUUGUAUAAUAAGAUAGAAAAAUAUGCUAUGUUUUUCUUAGUAGCCAUGUGUGGUAUAUGUGAUUUGAUGCAUAUAAGUAAUACAUUGUGUUUUAUCUGUUCAGUAACAGGAAUACUAAAACCAAUCAGACACAGGGUUACACUGUUUGUGUAAUCCAUGGUCCUAACUGUUUUACCACCCCUUAAAAAAAAUACACACUGACACAUGUUUUACAAAACACGCUGUUUAUUUAAACAUGUAUACCUGUUGUAAACAAAAGUUUAAAAUAUAGUCAUGAGUAAUGAGAUGUAAAUUUGACUUUUACUGCCUCUUGGAAGCUCUUAGGCACCAUGGAAACCAAGCAUAAGAAAAACAGAAAAUCAAUAUGCCGAUUAUCACAUGUAAUAAAUACAAUGCAGACUUUCUUACAAGGCAAAGGUAUUAUCUGACACAUUUGUCUACUUUGAUAAGGCUUCAUGUUUACACUGAGGCCUAAAUGGAAUAAGCAUGGCUGACUGUAGGUGCUUUGAGGGUCCAAAGUCACUUGUUGCCCAUGUGUCCAUGAUCUGUAUGAAUGUGUAGAAUAGUGCGGGACAAGAUUAGCAGUUUGCAGUUAAUAUUCAUAAUUCAGACUAACUUUCUCACUGUUAAUGAUGCUUUUUUAUGUAAAUAAAAAAGGCCAAUUCUGUUAUGUACCAUCUAAAAUUGCCACUGUAAUAAAGACAAAACAUAAAAUUC